AGAGCUGCGCACGCGCACACUGCAGACUGGUGGCUGCGAGGAAUGUUCCUAUAGUUUGAGGGUCGGAUCCCGCCAGCUUUUUUGUUUUUCGAUAUCGUUGAACAAAUAACACCUGAUAAAAAAAAUAAAGAUUUAUUAAUAAAAGGCUUUAAUUGAGGCCAUGAGGACGCGGCGUUUUGGGGGGAGGGGUUCUGAAGACCAAAACCAAGAAGCUUUGAAAAACGUGAUUCACUAGAAGCCCGCCGGGCCAGCAAGUGGCGCGUUCCAGAAGCCCUAAAGUACGCAACCCCUCACUGGCCUCUCCGGCCCACGCAACUCGGCCCAGGUCGCCGACGCUUUUGCAGUAGCUUAGAAAGGGUUCUCGGGCCUCAGAUCAUUCUCGCGAGAACUCACAGGAUUCGAAGUUUGGUGUCGGACAAACGACCGCCCACCAGUAGUCCCGGGCUCCGGUCUCGGGUUUGACGCACGUCUCGGACCCUAGUGCGCCUGCGCGCACGCGUCUCCGCCUCCCGCCCUGGGUCGCGUUCCCCAUGCUACCUGCACGCCUCGCCCGCCGGCUGCUGCGGCCCUUCCUGCGGGGAUCGGCUCCCGCGGCGGCCGGCCAUGGCUCUCGGGGUCCGCUUCUCGAGCGACGUGCGGCCGCGCCCUCCUCCCAGCAGCCGUCGUGCCUGGUACGCGGGCUUUCCCGUGGCUCAGCGGCGCCUGGGGGUUACGAAGGGGGGACUGACGUGGAGGAGCAUUUUCUGUUCCCGGAGUACGUUUCGGAGCCGGAGCCUGCACCGACCGUCGAAGAGCAGCUGCGGGAACUGCAGCAGCGGCAGGAGGAGGAGGAGGAGCGACGGAAGCGGCGGCGGCCGCAGAAGGGACCGCCCGGGAGUCGGGGACACCCGGUCGUGGGACACCCGGACCCGACGGUGCCGCCCAGCGGCCUGAGCUGCUCGGGCUGCGGAGCGGAGCUGCACUGCCGGGACCCGGGCGUGCCCGGCUACCUGCCCAGCGAGAAGUUCCUCAGCGCGGCGGCGGAGACCGACGGCGGGCUGGCGCGAGCCGUGUGCCAGCGCUGCUGGCUGCUGGUGCACCACCGGCGCGCCCUGCGCGUGCAGAUGAGCCGCGAGCAGUACCUGGAGCUGGUGAGCGCCGCGCUGCGGCGGCCCGGGCCCGCCCUGGUGCUCUACAUGGUGGACCUGCUCGACCUGCCCGACGCCCUGCUGCCCGACCUGCCCGCGCUGGUGGGCCCCAGGCAGCUGAUCGUGCUGGGGAACAAGGUGGACCUGCUGCCCCAGGACGCGCCCGGCCACCUGCAGCGGCUCCGGGAGCGACUGUGGGACGACUGUACCCGCGCAGGGCUGCUGCGGCCCCCUGGCCGCCGGGGGCCACGGCACGCCGGCGAGGACGGGCAGCGAGACGGGGCGGAGAAUUCGAAUUCUGCCGCCAGGGCCCGCCCGGUGCUCAGGGACGUGCGGCUCAUCAGCGCCAAGACUGGCUAUGGAGUGGAAGAAUUGAUCUCCGCGCUCCAGCGCUCCUGGCGUUACCGCGGCGACGUGUACCUCGUUGGCGCCACCAACGCUGGCAAGUCCACUCUCUUCAACACGCUCCUAGGGUCCGAUUACUGCAUCGCCAAGGGCGCCGAGGCUAUCGACAGAGCCACCAUCUCCCCCUGGCCUGGUACUACAUUAAACCUUCUGAAGUUUCCUAUUUGCAACCCAACACCUUAUAGGAUGUUUGAAAGACAAAAAAGGCUUAAGAAAGAUGCAGCUGAAGCUGAAGAAAAUCUUAGUCCACAAGAACAAAAUCAGCUUAAGCUCUUGAAAAGGCGUGGUUAUGUAGUAGGAAGAGUUGGAAGGACGUUCUUGUAUUCAGAAGAACGGAAAGAAGAAGCUGCCUUUGAGUUUGAUGCUGAUUCACUUGCCUUUGACAUGGGAAAUGAACCUGCUAUGGUUGCAGAUAAAUCCACCAAACGAGUAGAAUUAACUCCACAAGAUAUAAAAGAUGCCCACUGGUUUCAUGACACCCCUGGAAUUACAAAAGAAAAUUGUAUUUUAAACCUUCUAACAGAAAAAGAAGUAAAUAUUGUUUUGCCAACAUGUUCCAUUGUUCCAAGAACUUUUGUGCUUAAACCAGGAAUGGUUCUAUUUUUGGGUGCCAUAGGCCGCAUAGAUUUUCUGCAGGGAAAUCAGUCAGCUUGGUUUACAGUUGUGGCUUCCAACCUCCUCCCUGUGCACAUUACUUCCUUGGACAGGGCAGAUACUGUGUAUCAGAAGCAUGCAGGUCAUACAUUACUCAAGAUUCCAAUGGGUGGAGAAGAACGAAUGGCAGGAUUUCCUCCUCUUGUUGGUGAAGACAUUACAUUAAAAGAAGGACUUGGGGAAUCUAAAGCAGUGGCUGACAUCAAAUUUUCAUCUGCAGGUUGGGUUGCAGUAACACCUCAGUUUAAGGACAGACUGCAUCUCCGAGGCUAUACACCUCAAGGAACAGUUCUGACCGUCCGGCCCCCUCUCUUGCCACACAUCGUUAACAUCAAAGGAGAGCGCCUCAAGAGAAGUGUGGCCUAUAAAACCAAGAAGCCUCCUUCCCUUGUGUACAAUCUGCAGAAGAAAAAACAGAUGAAGUUGACCUUGUUCACUGAAUAUUAACAUAACUACAUACAUAAAUAUAACCAUAAUAAAGCUGUCUUUGCUCCUACUCUUCUUGAACCACCCAGGACUGUACCUGUUUGUAAUGUAUUGAAUUUGUAUAUACAAGGUUUUUUUUGUAAGGUGUAUAUAUGUAUGUAUGUGACCCUAAUAUACUUAAAAAGUAGUUAAGCUACA